UUCUCUUUGGUCGGUUCCAACGCUCUGCUCGCGCUCAACUUUUCGGUCGGUAAAUAAUAUUAAUUAAAUAUUUUAAGUGCCUCGAUUAGUACAAAAUACGAAUACAAAUCGCAUGAAUGACAGGCCAGGCAAUUCGAUUUCAAACAAAACAACGUGAGUGCAAUCAAAAGCAGAAGAAUAAACGAGUCAAAAAAGGACUGGAGGCGUCGUCCUGCGCGAGGAAACAUGUGAGAGGAGAGAGGAUGUGCAAAAAAUCAAUUUAAGAUGUAAGAUAAAACCAAAGUGGAUAUAACUCAACCAAAGAAGAUAGUCCCCCCAAGAGUGGAUUAGCAAGAGAUCCCAUCCAAUUCGAAAGCCUCCCGCCCCGAACAGAAUCCCAAACUAAAGCCAAAUGACUGCCAAUAGUCUGCUAGGACGAUCCAUAUUAAAUGAAGGACGUUCAAAUAAACGAUCUUUUGUCUCGCUGAUUGUGGGCCUCAUUGUGGGCUUCUGCCUGGCCGAGCUCUUUGUGUACUCCACGCCGGAACGUGGCGAAUUUAUGCCCUACGAUGGCCACCGGCAUGGCGAUGUCAAUGAUGCCCAUCACAGCCAUGAUAUGAUGGAGCUGACGGGUCCGGAGCAGGAUGUGGGAACCCAUGAGCAUGCUCAUGAGAACGCCACCAUUGCGGAGAAGCUGUACAGCGAGGUGCGGGUGCUGUGCUGGAUCAUGACCAAUCCGACUAACCACCAGAAGAAGGCGCGUCACGUGAAGCGCACGUGGGGGAAACGCUGCAACAAGCUGAUCUUCAUGAGCUCCGCCAAGGAUGAGGAGCUGGAUGCUGUGGCUCUGCCCAUUGGCGAGGGACGGAACAAUCUGUGGGGAAAGACCAAGGAGGCAUACAAGUACAUCUAUGAGCACCACAUCAAUGACGCCGAUUGGUUCCUAAAGGCCGACGACGACACCUACACGAUAGUGGAGAAUAUGCGCUAUAUGCUGUAUCCGUACAACCCCGAGACCCCUGUCUAUUUUGGCUGCAAAUUCAAGCCGUACGUUAAGCAGGGGUACAUGUCCGGUGGCGCUGGCUAUGUCCUCAGUCGCGAGGCUGUGCGUCGCUUCGUUGAGGAGGCCCUGCCCGAUCCGAAAUUGUGCAAGCAGGAUAAUACCGGUGCUGAGGAUGUUGAGAUGGGCAAGUGCCUGGAGAAUGUCAAGGUGCUGGCAGGAGACUCGCGCGAUACCAACGGACGGGGGCGAUUCUUUCCUUUCGUGCCAGAGCACCAUUUGAUACCAGCGCACACGGAGAAGAAGUUCUGGUACUGGCAGUAUAUCUUCUACAAGACCGAUGAGGGCUUGGAUUGCUGUUCGGACAAUGCCAUAUCCUUUCACUAUGUCUCGCCAAAUCAAAUGUAUGUCCUGGACUAUCUGAUUUACCAUUUGCGACCCUAUGGCAUCAUCAAUGCCCCCGAUGCCCUGCCCACAAAGUUGGGCAUAGGCGAGCUAAUGCCAGCCCCGAAAGAGCCGGUGACUGAGGCGUCCAGCGAAAAGGUGUCCAAACGUUCCGCAGAAACUGAGACCAAGACGCAGUAAAUAAGUGGAGAGCAUGGCCCGCCCCCUGGAUGUAUAUAGAUAUCUAUUGUAUAUAAAUCUAAGCUAUGCUAGCAUUGCCAUUACCAUAUCCAUUUCCAUUUAGACUACAAGUAGAUUCCGUGUCGUGUCCGUCGUAUUUGCCACUCGCCUUAGUUCAAUUUUCCCCUUGCGUUUCCAAUUGUACAAAUUACCAAAAUUAACUAUAAAUUAGCUUUAAUUUAGAUCCUGUUUCUAUAGUUUCUAACUUAGUAUAGGUUGUACAAUUAGAUAUAUGUUUAGGAAAUUUUUCACCUUCAUUCAGUUAGAGUUCUGUAUAUUUUGAUAAGAUAUGGCGCAGUUGGCCUAAGUAAUAUUGCGAUAUUAUGAUAUCUCUUUUUGUUGCUUUCAUGCCCGAAAAAACGACUAUUUAGCUAUAUAUUAUGAAAUAUCUUUAUUGUGAUUGAGAGGCAUUACGUAUUACCAUUUAAAAUCUACUAUUUAAUGAACUAAUUAAAUAAUUUAAUUAAACGAUACUGUAUUAACAGAA